AUUAUCACCGUUUGAAUUUGAUAGUGGCUACUGUGCCGCAACGGUUCACUACCGGUGCAAUUUAACCUCUAAAGCGAAUGUGUUGGUAGUGGUUCAUUUUAAAGCCAACUUCUUUAUUUAUGAUUGUACUAACUGAUUUGGUUUUUUACUUUUUAAAAUGAUAGUUUUUAUGUAAAAAGUUUGUAAAUUGUGUGUCACUAAUAAUUAUGGAGCAAAAACCUAGUUUGGAUGUUGUCUUACUCGCCAUUUCCUCGCUUUACAACAACCCGGAUACCUCCGAGAAGGAAAGAGCUUCUCACUGGCUUGAAGAUCUACAAAAAUCGGUACACGCGUGGACCAUUGCCGAUGAAUUACUACAUUUGAAACGAGACCUCGAGUCGUGCUACUUUGCCGCACAGACAAUGCGCACGAAAAUACAGCAAUGCUUCUAUGAACUACCCGUAGACGCUCACAUUUCCCUGCGCGACUCGCUAUUAGAUCACAUUAGUCAAAUUAACGAACACACAGAUACUGUGAUAGUAACGCAAUUGUGCGUCGCACUGGCCGAUCUGGUGUUACAGAUGCCGAACUGGACGCAACCCCUAUACGAUCUAAUCAACAAAUUCUCACAGACCAACGUAUGGCCUCUUCUUGAAAUCUUAACGGUCCUACCCGAAGAACUGGAGGGACGGUCGGUGAGACUGGGAGAGAAUCGACGUACCGAAAUUUUAGAUAAUUUGAAGUUGUGCUCGCCGACAGUAAACGAAUUUUUGAAGCACUGCUGCAACAGUUUCGGCGACGAUCUAAACGGUAACAUUCAGGGGAACAUUAAGAUUAUACGCUGCUUUACGUCGUGGGUUACCGUAAACGCGAUAUCACUCGAUAGUUUAGUUGAUAAUGUGAUUAUAACGAGAGUCUUUGAGGUGUUAAAUCAGAAAUUUGACGGGCAGAAGUUGCAGCCGGUCACCGGAAGUUUGCACGAUAGCGCCACUGAUUGCGUUUGUACAAUUUUACGAUGUUUAGAAGAUAAUAACAAUCACCAGCAGGUACUUGAAAUGUUGCUGUUUAAUAAAGUACUAACCCUGGAAGUGCCUUACCAUUUAUCGGUCGCGAACGAAGAUCAAGAAAAGUCCAUGAACUACUGUCGAAUCUUCACCGAGCUAGGCGAAUCGUUUUUGAAUAGAAUUAUAUCGAAUAGCAAUCGAGACCAGCAGCACUUUACGAUAAAAGUGCUGGAUCUGAUUUUAAUGUGCGUCGGACAUCACGACUACGAAGUGGCCGAGAUAACUUUUAACUUGUGGUUUUUGUUAAGCGAGGAACUUUAUCAGAGGCACGAUUAUAACUGCACGGACGCAUUCAAGCCUUACGUAGAGAGGCUAAUUACCGCCCUGUGCCGACACAGCCAGAUGGAACCCGAUCACGAGGGGUUGCUCGAAAGUGGUGACGAUUUUAAGGAGUUUCGGAUGAAAGUGUUUGAACUUAUUAAAGAUGUUGUUUUUAUUGUGGGCGGCAGUAACUGCUUUCGGCAGAUGUUUUUAAAUUUGCAGGUGCCCGGUGUCACCUGGGACGCUAGUGAAGCGUCUCUGUUUGUCAUGCAAGCGGUCGCCAAAAGCAUUCUGACUGAUGAAAAUGACAUUGUACCGAAAGUAGUGGAGGCUAUACUGAAUUUACCUGAAAAUACUCACGUCGCCGUAAAGUACACGUCUAUUCUCCUACUAGGCGAACUAUGCGAAUGGAUCGAACGACAUCCGGCCACCUUAGAUCUAGUUCUGAAUUUCCUAGUCUGUUGUUUAUCGCAGCCGCGCAUAGGCGGCGCAUCCGCCACUGCGCUACAAAACAUUUGCGCCGCAUGUAACGACCACAUGCCAAGACACAUUCCCGUACUUUUGCAAUUGUUGGGCCAAAUAGACACACUUGCGAUAGCGAACAGCGCGAUAAUCGGUCUAUUGAAGGGCGUCACGGCGAUUGUCAGUUGCAUGCCUCACAACGAUAUUCCCGCCACGCUUCGAGAACUAUGCCUUCUUCAAACGAAUCCGUUAUGCGAAUUAAUGAAACAGAACGCGCCGACGGGACGCGGAAUGAAGACCGAUCCGGUAAUGUGGCUCGAUAGAUUGUCGUCCAUCUUUCGAAAUCUUUACGUGCCGUUGGCCGAAGGCGAGACGAAUCCCUGCAAGAGCACCGCUUUAGAGGUGUGGCCCGUACUUAGCCACGUAAUGGAAAAGUAUCAGGGCGACGUCAGAAUAAUGGAGCGGUGCUGUCGAAGUAUUCGAUUUAUGCUACGAUGCGUCAGUCAACAACUGUCAGAGCUACUGCAGCCUCUUAUUAGUCAACUCGUUCAAAUUUAUAACACACACCAACAUUCUUGCUUUCUCUACGUUGGAAGUAUCCUAGUCGACGAAUACGCCGUUGAUCCCAAUUGUAUAGCGGGACUGUUGGAGAUGUUAAAAGCGCUCAUCAAUCCAACUUUUAACCUUCUGCAACAAGAAAAUGGUUUACGCAAUCACCCCGACACCGUGGACGACUUCUUUAGACUGUGCGCGAGGUUACUGCAGCGCGCCCCGAUGGAAUUCCUACAAUGCACCGCAUUGCCGUUAAUUCUGCAGUGUUCACUACUCGCCUGCUCUUUGGAUCACAAAGAAGCUAACAUGUCCGUAAUGAAAUUUUUUAACGACCUCAUAAGCUCCGGGCACACGGGAAAACAACAUCCGGAUUACGAUAAACGGAAAGCUAUGAUUCAAUCCAUUCUCAACGAGUACGGUCAACAGCUCAUCACGAAUCUGAUCCAUGCCUGCGUUUUUUAUUUGCACUCGUAUAUGCUUUCCGAAAUGGCUGAUGUCUUCGUCGAACUUCUUCAGUUAGAUCACGAAGUUACCAGCAAAUGGUUAACGACAGCAUUGGACUCGUUACCGAAGCAAGGACACGGAGGUAUCGUGACCGCAACACCUGAUCAACUACAAGCAAUUUACAUUUCGAUUACAAGGUCCGACACAUCCAAAUCAGUUACCUACGCACUCAAAGACUUGACUAGGUUAUACCGUUAGCGUAAUUAAGAUACUUUUUAUUAUAAAUAAGUUGUAAAGUUUAUAUUUUAAAUGUUAAGGAAUCUUUUACAAAAAGAUUAUCAAAAAUUGUAAAAAUUGUUUAUUAGUUACAUUAAUUAUGUAAAUAAUAAAUAUCGUC